AUCAAAGAAUCUACACCCGUAGGCCGUAGUAGUCUUCACACUUGCACUCUUCCUUAUCUUAAAUUCCCCAAUCACGAUCAUAAUCACCGUCUGAUUUCUCAAAACAAUUCCACAAACCGUGUUGCAUAGCCUCUCAUCUCAACUGCAAAAUGGUUCUCAACAAUGUUGAUGAAGAAUCAAGCAGAAAAUCAAAAGCGUCAUCAAUGGUAAGGUACAACUCAGCAUUGGGUCAGAUAAUGAUGAUUGGGGUAGUAUGCUUUUGUUGCCCUGGAAUGUUCAAUGCACUAUCAGGGAUGGGUGGUGGAGGCCAAGUUGACCACACUGCCUCCAACAACUCCCUCACGGCGCUCUACACAGCCUUUGCCGUCUUCGGCGUCCUCGGCGGUGGCAUCUACAACAUCCUUGGACCUCACCUUACGCUCUUCGCAGGUUGUUCCACCUAUGUUGUUUACGCGGGUUCGUUCCUCUACUAUAACCAUCACAAGCACCAAGCGUUUGCGGUUGUUGCUGGUGCACUCCUUGGUGUUGGUGCUGGUCUUCUUUGGGCUGCACAAGGUGCUAUAAUGACAUCUUACCCUCCAUCAAACAGAAAAGGGACUUACAUAUCAAUUUUCUGGAGCAUAUUCAACAUGGGGGGUGUAAUUGGUGGCUUGAUUCCUUUUAUAUUGAACUACCAUCGCAGUGAAGCUGCUUCUGUCAAUGAUGGAACCUACAUAGCCUUCAUGUGCUUCAUGUCAUUGGGGACACUCUUGUCUUUGGCUAUUUUGCCUGCAAGUAAGGUUGUGCGCGACGAUGGGACAAAGUGUAGCAGCAUCAUGUACUCAAAUGUGUCCACCGAAUGCUUUGAGAUUCUCAAGUUGUUCCUCAAUUGGAAGAUGCUUCUAAUUGUUCCUGCUGCAUGGUCAAGCAAUUUCUUCUACACCUACCAGUUCAACAAUGUCAAUGGGGCAUUGUUCAAUUUGAGGACUAGGGGUUUGAACAAUGUGUUCUAUUGGGGUGCACAAAUGUUGGGGUCAGUUGGGAUUGGACACAUAAUGGAUUUCAGCUUCAAGAGCAGAAGGAAGAGGGGUAUUGUGGGAAUUUCAUUGGUUGCUCUUCUUGGGUCUGCUAUUUGGAUUGGUGGACUCAUCAAUCAGAUCAAGUACUCUUCAAAUAAUAAUGGUUUGACCGAAAAGUUGGAUUUUAAGGACUCAGGGUCAAGAUUUGCUGGUCCUUUUGUAUUGUAUUUUUGUUUUGGUUUGCUUGAUGCCAUCUUCCAAAGUAUGGUUUAUUGGGUCAUUGGAGCGCUUGCUGAUGAUUCUGAGAUUCUUAGCAGAUACACAGGGUUCUACAAAGGAAUACAAAGUGCAGGAGCUGCAGUUGCUUGGCAAGUUGACACACACAAGGUGUCUCCAAUGUCUCAAUUGAUUGUGAACUGGGUUCUCACUACAGUAAGCUAUCCAUUACUUCUAACUGUAGUCAUCUUAGCUGUGAAAGAUGACCAUAAGGAUGAAAAUAACAAUGCUCAAAAAACAUAAAGAUUGAGAUCACACUGACUGAGAAUCCAGUUGAAUCUGUCUUGUUCUUAUGGCUAUUUGAUCUAGCUAGUUGAUUGCUUUUAUGAAAUUAAAAAUGUUUAUGUCAGUGUAUAUGGAAGUGGAACUCAUUUGUGUAAAUGAUAGAGACUAGUGAGAAAAGAAACUAAUCAGUUUCUUACAGAGUGAUAUAGGUUUAUACACCUAACUAUAAUCUGAGAACUUUUUCUUGGUGCAUAAAUAAAAUAUUUGUUAUUGUUUUAUACUG